AUGACCGCUACCAACGGCAGCAACGGCGUUCACGCCGAGCUCAGCUCCUGGCAACACUACAACCAGGGCACCUUCCUCUUCACCUCCGAGUCCGUCGGUGAGGGUCACCCCGAUAAGAUUGCCGAUCAGGUCUCCGACGCCAUUCUUGAUGCCUGCUUGCGCGAGGACCCCCUCUCCAAGGUUGCUUGCGAGACCGCCACCAAGACUGGUAUGAUCAUGGUCUUCGGUGAGAUCACCACCAACGCCAAGCUCGACUACCAGAAGGUUGUCCGUGAGACCAUCAAGGACAUUGGCUACGACGACUCCUCCAAGGGUUUCGACCACAAGACCCUCAACCUCCUCGUCGCCAUUGAGCAGCAGUCCCCCGAUAUCGCCCAGGGUCUCCACUACGACGAGGCCCUCGAGAAGCUCGGCGCUGGUGACCAGGGUAUCAUGUUCGGCUAUGCCACCGACGAGACCCCCGAGCUCUUCCCCUCACCCUCCUCUUUGCCCACAAGCUCAACGCUGCCAUGUCCGCCGCCCGCCGCGACGGCUCCCUCCCUGGCUCCGACCCGACACCAAGACCCAGACACCGUCGUCGUUUCUGCCCAGCACAGCCCCGAUAUCACCACCGAGAAGCUCCGAGAGGAGAUCAAGGAGAAGAUCAUCAAGGCCACCAUCCCCGCCAAGUACCUCGAUGACAAGACCGUCUACCACAUUCAACCCUCCGGCUACUUCGUCAUUGGUGGUCCCCAGGGUGAUGCCGGUCUCACUGGCCGUAAGAUCAUUGUCGACACCUACGGUGGCUGGGGUGCCCACGGUGGUGGUGCCUUCUCCGGCAAGGACUUCUCCAAGGUCGAUCGCUCCGCCGCUUACCUCGCUCGAUGGAUUGCCAAGUCUCUCGUCAACGCCAAGCUCGCCCGCCGUGCCCUCGUCCAGCUCUCGUACGCCAUCGGUGUCGCCGAGCCUCUCUCCAUCUACGUCGAUACCUACGGCACCUCGGAGAAGACCUCGGAGGAGCUCGUCCAGGUCAUCCGCAACAACUUCGACAUGAGGCCCGGUGUCAUUGUCCGCGAGCUUAACCUCGACCAGCCCAUCUACCUCCAGACCGCCAAGAACGGUCACUUCGGUACCAACCAGAGCUUCUCCUGGGAGAAGCCCAAGGCCCUCAAGUUCUAA